GCGCGGAAUAUUUUUUUUUUAUUCCCCCCCCCCCCCUUUCUAUCUCAUUUCGAUUGCAUUGAUAUCUUUUUACGCUUCGCCUUUGUCGAACUUUGAAUGGGAACCCCAAUCCGUCGCGGAAAUUGAUUUCUAUUCGAUAAUUCUCCGGUCACUCGGCUUACACAUCGCUUCGCCCAUUUUGACUUGAAGACGACGCGAACCGACCUCCUCUGGCCGUUUCAUCUGGUAAAUAAUCUGGGAGAUUGUUGAAUCUGUGGAGGUCUUUGGUGGUUGACUUGAUUCGAAUCGGUGAUUUAAUUCACUCGAAUCGGGAGAAGACUACUACUGGUCGGGGCAAAGAGAUCCUGUUCCUCUCGAGUUCGAUUCACAAUGGAGUCAUCUGAGAAUAUCUUGCCGCGGGCUGGACCUAGUACUCCGGCGACCAGCGAGACAACGUCUACAGCCACUACAACCACAUCCCAGCCGACUUCUACCUCGUCCACAUCCACUUCUACUUCUACUUCUACAUCAACGACGACAUCGUCGGAACCCACAACCACCACCACUACAAGCACUACCACAACUACUUCGGACACCCCGACGACUACUUCUACAACAACUACAACCACCACCACCACCUCUUCCUCUUCCUCCUCUUCUUCCUCCUCCUCCUCCUCUUCAACCACCACUGCCCCAUCAACCUCAAGUACGACUACCGAGUCUUCCACCUCUUCGGAUACCGACACCAACGCUCCUUCGACGGCUACCGUGACUAUUACCAGCACUGGCUCUCCGAUUACUACAACCGCAACUGGGAAUGGAGCUGAUAGUACGACUUCAUCAAUAGGAUCAUCCUCGACAUCCUCCACCACAGGUGCAGGUGGCUCCGGACUUUCGGCCGGUAGUACGAUUGCAGUGGCAGUGGUUGUCCCUGUUGUUUCAGUGGCUAUUAUUAUCCUCGCUGCCUUGUGGUUCUGGAGGAAAUACAAAGCCAAGAAGGCAGCGGAGGAGGAGCGCCGGAAGGAGGUUGAAGAAUAUGGCUUCAACCCUAACAAUGACCCAACAUUGCCUUCCGUAAUGGGUGGUGCUGCCCUCGCGCCUAAGGAUGAUACCUCCGGAUACCGAGGAUGGGGAACCACUUCUGCGGCUCGCAAAGCGUCAACCAACUUAUCGAGCGGCGCUGGAGCUGGACUUGCAAUGUCUGAAGCUGGAAGUCAACCCGGUUACCACCAUGCCGCUACCCCAAGCGACGGCACCAUCCAAUAUUCCGAAGGACACCAAGGCCCGGCCGAAACGGAGCCGUAUGGAAUUUUGGGCGCCGCUCCCGUCGCUGCUGGGGCUGUUGGUGGAGGUGCUGCUGCUGCUGCUGCCGCGCACAGCCGAAACGCAGACAUCCACCGCGGUCCGUCUAAUGCAUCCUCUGCGUAUUCUGCGGCUAACCGAUCCGACGCCUCGGACGAGAGCCAUAUGUCAGCCACUCAUCCUACUGGGACCUACUAUGAUGAGAACCCGUACUAUAGCGAUAUGCAACAGCAGUACGGAGCGUAUGGUGAAGGCCCGUAUAGUGAAGGCCCGUAUGGUGGUGGUCAGCCUGUGAUCCGGGAUGUUCAAGCACGUCGCAAUACCCGAAUUGAGAACCCUUCAGUCUUCCCCAGACAAGGUAAUGCUGGCAUUGCGCAGAACUUUUAAGAUGCCAGUAAAAGGCGGGCUUCGAUUUAACCUGAAGGGCCGAAAGGGCAAUCGACUGGCGCGGACCGGUGUUUCCUGCCAGUCAAAAUGGGGCAAGACGGACGCUGUUGAGGGGCAAAAAAAAAAAAAAAAAAAAAAAAAAA